AUGGAGGCAAGGCAGCUGAGAAGAGAUGUAGAAGCCCUCAUUGGUAAUUACAUUGGACAGAAACUAAGAGAGAAAUCUUUUGAUCCAAAGGGUAAAGGGACCUCCACGAUGCUUGAUGACCUGGCUCACUAUGACCUGGCCAUCAGCGUUGCUCUGUGGUGGCUGGAGAAAGAAGAGGGACGAGAUCUGCUCGACAGAGACAUCAUUGGAGCAUCGAGUGGUUUAGGAACUGCCCGGUAUCCUAAUCGUUUGGAGAGAGAGGCGAUGAUCCUGUCCUCCUUUGCUGGGAUUGUUAUGAGCAGCCUUCCAGUGGAGGAAAUCUUGGCUCUGUACAGAUGUAAACCAGCUGCUUCUUACCCAAACCAAAACUCCAAGGGAGCACUUGUCUACCCGUUCACAUUAUCCUACCAUCCGUUUGCCAUGCUGGGCUCUUAUAAAGCUGUGGACCACUCCAAGAAACACAAUUUGAAGCUGAGGAGAUGGCUGUCAGAGCGGAUGAAGGCCAGCGCUCCUCCUGGACGAGUUUCAGUUCAGUCUUCAUCGACCUCCUCAUCGUCUCACUCCUUCCUCAGUGAGAGUAAUGAUGGUCAGGAUGAAAGGACCGAGCGCUAUGAGGGUUCACUGGAGUCUCUGCAGGACUGA